GGCUAGGCGCAUAUUUCUCAGGUUUAUCUCGGGUUCCAGAGAGACGAUUCUUACACAAGGUAAGGUUGUAUUAAUCUCCUAUUCACUUGCAGGUUCCCUAGGUAGAGAAUCAGUUUAGUCAGAUAAUUAUGGAUUACGGCGUGGCCGGAAAUAACGACGUCUCUUUUUACGGCGGCGGCGGCCGGCUGGAGGAAGAUGAUCUUCGGUAUGAUGAAGAAAAUGGAGGAGAGAUCUAUUCAAGAAGCGGAGGAGCAGCUGUUGAACCGCCAGUUCAUAGCGUAGACGGUAGUAGCGCAGUCAUUGAGUUACAGAAUUCCGUUGACGAAUCUUCUCUUUCAGCAGGAAAGCUAUUUGUAGGAGGCAUUGCCUGGGAAACAUCUCAAGAAUGUUUUAACAGGUAUUUCAGCAAGUAUGGUGAAGUACUUGAUUCAAUAAUCAUGAUGGAUAAAAUCUCUGGACGACCAAGAGGUUUUGGGUUUGUUACAUAUGCUGAUCCAGAAGUUGCGGAUAGGGUUUUACAAGAAGUACAUGUAAUUGAUGGCAGAGAGGUGGAUGUGAAGAGGACAGUUCCUAGGGAAGAAACUGCGUUCAGACGAUCAUCAAAAACAAAGAAAAUAUUUGUUGGAGGUCUCCCACCAACAUUAUGUGAUGAUGAUUUAAGGGAGUACUUCUCUUCCUAUGGAAAUGUUGUGGAGCAGCAAAUCAUGCUUGAUCACACAACUGGUCGGUCUCGAGGAUUUGGCUUUGUAUCUUUUGACAGUGAAGAUUCUGUUGAGAAGGUUCUAUCUGAUGGCCGCAUGCAUGAACUUAACGGAAAACAAGUUGAAAUUAAGAGGGCGGAGCCAAAGAGAGGUGGUGGUGCCGAUCACAUGACUGAAAGCCGGACACAUCAUUUCAACAAUAAUUCAACUUCAUAUGGAAAGGUGAACGGCGGGACAGAGGAUUUCAGCAAUGCAUAUGGCAUGAAAAUGCACAAGGGAUAUGGUGGCUAUGGCAGUGGUUAUGGAAGCUAUGGUCCUUACGGGAAUUAUGUUGGGAAUUUCGGAAUGAAUCCCAUGGGAUUCUAUGGUGGGGGAUAUGGAAGUUAUGGUUAUGGAUACGGAUUUGGGGGACCGUAUGGUACUGCUGGCGGGUUUGGUGGCAAUUAUGGAUUUGCUGGAGGUUAUGGGUAUGGUGCCGCUGGUGCGGGGGGUAAAGGAUAUGGAAACAUGGGCAGUCAUGGUGGUGCAAAAGGUUUUGCCGCCACUGGUGGUGGUGAGAGUGAAUAUGAUGGAGUCGAAGUACACGGUGGCAAUGAUUCUGGAUAUGGCGGUGGUGGUUCCGCCAAAGGCAAUGGUGGUGGUGGUGGUGGUGGUAAGGGGAAUGACGGUGCAGGAUCAGGAAGGUUCCAUCCUUAUCGUAAGUGAGACCCUUCUUGUAAGUUUGCUAAGCCAAAUGCGUAUCAUUGUUCUCAUUUCCUUAACGAUAGAAAUCAAAUUUGGUUGAGCUGUGUUUGGCUGUUUUUUCUAACCUCUUUAGGAGAUGUAUUGCUGUUCAAAUAGUUUGACUCCAUCUUGAUUCUGGGCGUGGGCUGAAAACUCCUCCGCCCAAAUUUUUAUUUUUAAGAAUUGGAAUACAAACAAUGUAUGUACAUCAGACAUGGGAUUUGUGUAACAUAAUCUCUUCUGUCAGUGGCUGUUACAUUCCUCCCGCAUGUUUGUUGGACCAAAUGUGGCUUUGUUUGGUUUGCACAGAGAUAGGCUCCCUAGAAGAGCAGUGAAAUGUAGUUCAGUGAGAAGGAUGACAAAUAAGUACGGUGAUUAGCCUAAGCACUUUUUAGGAUUUAAAUGUUCACUAAUCAUAAGGGAAUUGCUAUUAUAUUGUAGUGAACAUAUAUGUCUGUACUACUCCGUAAAGAAAUAGAGUUAUAGCUU